AUGGAAGCCUCUAUAUGCGCAGUUCAGGAGUGUUCCGAUGCACAGCGCUCCAAAGCAGUUAGCAGUCAUAUCCGAGGGCUCUGGUCCAUAGUUGAUGCAGGUCGCCUCGGUUCUUCUGGAAAGGAGACGUAUCAAAGUCUAGCGAACAAUUUCGAAGUGGAUACCUGUGUUGAUAAAGAUUCUUGUAUUAUUGCUCCAGCAAAUUGUGGCGGGGAAGUAAGUAUGGCGACAAAGAGACGGCUUCAUACCAAAGCCGGUAGUCAGGGUUCCGCAUAUUCAACGAUAUCGGACAGCUGUGCGAAGUGUGGAAUGAGCAUAGCCAGCGAAUGCAUCUCAGCUUUUGGAAGUUUUUAUCAUCCUCAGUGUUUUAAAUGCCAUGACUGUCACAAACCCAUCUACCGCGAAUUCUUCCCUGCUCAAGAACGAAAUGGCCCAAUUCCUCUCUGCGAGACUGACCUUUUCCGUCGUUUAGAUAUGCUCUGCAGUCAAUGCGGAGGUGCCUUGCGAGAUUUAUAUAUCAGUGCCCUUGGGCGAAAAUACCACAUGGACCAUUUCACUUGUCAUUCCUGUCAGCAUGUCAUUGGAGCGGGGGAUAAUUACUACAUACAUGGGGGCAAGGCAUAUUGCAAGAAAGACUAUAUGGCGAAGUAUGCAGACUGCUGUUACGGGUGCGGAAUGGCUAUUAUGGAUCAAUAUAUCAAGGUUUAUAUGCCAAAAAAACGAGUCUGGCAUGAACGAUGUUAUAAGACACAUAAACGUCACAAUCCGGACUCGUCUCUGGGCGACGUACCCAUCGCGGCCGAACAGGAUGCUGAAUCGACCCCUCUUAAGAUGGAAAGAAUCCUAGAUAAUUUUGAAGCGACGGUUACAUCGUGUAUAAGUGACAGCCUCGAGCACCUCGAAUCUGGUUCUCGUGAGAAGAUAUCGGAAGGCAUUCUAACUUUGAUAACUGCGCUUGGCGUCCUUUUUUCCUCUAUUGACGCUGUGGACGAUGUCAGAAGAAAGGCUGGAAAAACUGUGCUUUCCGACAGCUCCGAAAUAGACCUACUGCGGGCGAAGCUGACAGACUUUAUGACCGUGUCUCUGUCAAACAGCCAGCAGCCAAGGUCCACUUCAAGCCAUCUGAAGGAAAUAUAUGCUGCAAGCUCAGGCUUAUCCUAUUUUAUGAAGAAAGUCAUCAAAAUUUUCGGGGAAAGGGUUGUUGAUGUUGAUUUAUCUGCUUCUUCCGAAUAUCUCAAUUCUCUCGACAAAUUCCCAGAUCACCCUCCACUGGCAACAAUGAACUUCACGAAAAUAGAGCUCAGCAGGAGUGAUGCAGAGCUAUGCCAGGUCUGCAACGGUCCAAUCAGCACCGAAUGCGUGAGCUGGGAUGGAUAUCUACGGCGGCAACACUUAACCUGCAAAAGCUCAUGCGUUCACUGUGACGCCUGUGAAACUCCACAAAAUACGAAUCUAGUAUUAAUCAACCCGCCCGGUGACAGCUAUGCGCUGUGCUGUACCAUCUGUCAGAAAAAUGUGAACAUAUUGGGUGACCGUGCGGCCGAUGAACCCUCAGUGAAGUCAUGUAAAUACGUCACCAAACUGCAGCAAUAUGUAUUCCUCCUCAGAGCCCAAUUUGAGCAAAUGCAAAAACCGACAGAUGUCCAUUAUGACCAGAUGACGAUGACGACGGCAACGACAGCAACGACCACGACGACAACAACGACAAUGACGACCCUCUUCGAGAGAUCACAUAAACAGCUAGACAGGGGGAUUUUUGGACGGCUCUCGGCCAACAGCCAUCGUACCCCCACAGACCAGCCUGCUGCAAAUAGUCUUAUAGAUCGGACAGCGUCGGACACUUUUGCGCUUGGCGCAAUGAUUGGGAGUUCCUACCAGGGUUUAAAGAAAGGGUUCUUUGGCAGGUCGAAGACCCGGUGUCGUUCCUAA